AUGCUGCCGAGACAUGUUCAAAGUCUUGGUAAUCUCCUUGAGAGAGUUAGACAAGUUCAUGUUACAACACUCAGAGGUAUACAUACGCAUUUCUGUCUUUCAUACUCUACUGUGUCGACUUCCAAUGAGCUGCCAAGAAAGCUCAACAAGUCUGAGAGAAAACCACCAGUGACAAGUUUUAAUGAGCUUAAGCGCGAAGCUAGACUGAAGAAAAAGGAGAAACAAAAGGUGCAUGAGAUUGUAUUACAACCUCCUGAAAAUGGCUUGUUGGUUAAGCAUCUGAUUCCUAUUGCUCAUGAAGUUAUUGCUGCCAGAUGUGAACUAUUGUCUAGUAUUUCAAAACUCAUCAACUACACUGCUAUUUAUACAUGCAGCUUAUGUGGAGAAGUUCAUGUUGGUCAUCCUGCACAUAAAGUUAGAACAUGUGAUGUUAGAGGAAGUCCGUCAAGCAAAGAACAUAGUUGGAUCAAAGGUGGUGUUGAACAUGUUCUGCCACUUGUAGAGUCUUUUCAUCUGUAUGAUAGAAUAGGGAGGGCUGUUUCGCAUAAUGAAAUGCUUGAAGUGGACCGAAUUCCAGCAGUUGUGGAAUUGUGUGUUCAGGCAGGUUUUGACAUACCUGAGUACCCUACCAGGAGAAGGACCUUCCCUGUUUACUGUGUUGCUGGUAGGAUUAUUGAUUUUGAGAAAAGAUUUCCGAAAGAAAUUUCUGUUGGGGAAGAUAUAGAAGCACAUGGAUUUUGGUAUAAGAAAAAACGUUUCAAUGAAGACACAAAUUCUAUGGUGAUGCAUUCUGAUGAUAUCCAAGCUAUUGCUGUUCAAGGCAUGAAAGCCUGGGAAAAAAUGCGCACAGGAGCUUCAAAACUUAUGGAGAAGUAUGCUGUUCAAACUUGUGGAUAUUGUCCGGAGGUACAAGUGGGACCAAAAGGUCAUAGAGUACGAAAUUGUCAAGCUUUCAAACACCAGAUGAGGGAUGGGCAACAUGCAUGGCAGGAGGCAACAAUUAAUGAUCUGGUACCUCCAGUAUAUGUCUAUCACAUUCGGGAUCAGCAACCUAGGAAACCUUUAGUAAAUGAGUUGAAAAGGUACUAUGGUAUGCUGCCUGCAGUGGUUGAACUAUUUGCUCAGGCUGGGGCACCAGUUGGACAGAAUUAUGCAUGUAUGAUGAGGGAAGAUGUUGUAAUCCCUGAAAUGGAUGAGGAAAAGUCAAAAGACUUGUUGGCAAAUGCACUGAAAAAGGAGGAGAAAAUUUCUUUCUUGCCAAAUAUGGAGGAAGAGAGUAUAAAAGGAACUUCAGAGAUUGGCAAUAACCGUAAAUUAGUUCCUGGGUUCCACCGCCAUCAAAUUGCAGAGCAGGUAUAUCCUUUGGAAUGUUUUUGCUGGAAUUUUGACAGUCCACUCAUUGUUGUAUUUGCUGGAAUAUACCUUGAUUGUGUUGAGUGGAUGAUUGCUAUACAAUUUUUUUCUGAAUUACUUCCUGUAAUUUCCAUCUCUCCAACAUCAAAACAGUACAGAUCCCUCAAGAAAGGAACUCUAAUAAGAAAGACUCAACCUAAUCAGAACCACAUCAUUGAGCCGCUUUUAAACCCGUCUGCCAUUGAACAACAAUACCAUUUGGAUGGCUUUCUCGCCCUCUAA